GCUGCGCCCGGAGCGUGGCGAGCACGUCGCGCGCCACUUGAUGCGGACCAGUCCGCUCCUUAUCCUGAGACUUUAUCCUGUACACUGAUUUGCAUCAUCGCGCUUCGCGACAGUGUGACCAACACCCGCAAAGAGUGAGACACGACACGCGCGGUUUUGGCGCGGCGAGCGCCGUGUUCUGCCAACUGGAGGGCAGGGCUGGACGCAACGUGUCAUUAGGGGCGAGGGGCGCCGGCACACUGCCUCUGUCGCUCUGCCUCUCUCGCACCCACACGGGGCGCCCCAGGAGCGCGAGAGAGACAGAGCGACGAAAACGACUCUCGGAACCAGUCUGCAGGGACGCCAGGGACGCGCCCUGUCGUCACGAUGCAUGGCAGGCGUGGCGCGGCCCGCAAGCCUGUGAUUUUGCCAGCCGGGGCCCAGCCCCCUUCCCGCGCGGGCUAGGACUGCGGGGUGGCACCACUACCGCGUCGGCUGCACCGAGGGGCGGACAGCCUCACUAUACUCACCAUGAACCAGGCCCACGCGGGGUGGUUCCCGGCCGCGCCCGUGUCCGCCAAGCAGGCCAUGGUCGGCUUGCACCCCAACGUGCCCACCCUCAGGGCUCCGCCGUUGUUCGCCGGCAAGCCCAGCGCCGCGAAGGUCCCGGAGGCCGCCGCCGCGAAGGUCGCCGACGAGGCGGACGGAGUGCUGGCGCUCCCCGUGCUGCUCAUGAAGUGCGUGUUUCUGUGGCCGGACUCGCAGAACGUGGUGACGCGCUUCAUCGCCAACAGGAUCUACCCCUUGAGCAUCUCGGUGCUGAUCCUGAGCAGCCUCGGCUACAUCGUGGAGGGCAACUACGAGAGCGGCAUGACGGCGCUCACCAACUUCGGCGACGCCCUGGCCAGCACCUCGUGCCUGCUCAAGCUGCUGCUGCUCUCGCGGGAGGGGCCGCAGCUGGCGAGAAUGCGGCGCCGCCUGCAGACCGACUUCGCGGCCAUGGAGGGCCUGGCCGAGCCCGAGGCGUCGGCGGCCAACGCCCACUGCACGCGGCGGUGCCGCACCAUCUCGCUGCGCUUCAUGUUGUUCUACGUGCCGCUGUGCUCCAGCGCCGUGGGCGUCAUCAUCCUCAACGCCUUCAACCCGCCGGAGAAGCGGAAACUCACUUUCGACGUGCCGCGCAUCCUGGUCGUCAACGACUUCUUGUACUACCCGCUCGUCUCGCUCGCCGUCAUGGCCUGCACCACCUUCUACUUUUACAGCGUGGGCUACGACGCGCUGUACCUGUCGCUGUGCAAGCACAUGAGCUGCAAGUGCGACAUCCUGACGCUGAUGCUGCGCCGCGCCGGCCAGCGCGCCGCGCAGCGCCCCAGCGCCGAGGCCGCGAGCACCAGGGCGGACGCGAAGCAGUACAACUUCGAGUACUGGAAGGACGACGGGUCCGCGAUGGAGGCCGGCUCCAGGAACGGCCGCAGGGACGAGGUGCAGGAGAACCUGCGGACGUGCGUGCUGUACCACAACAUGAUCAUCAGGCUGCGCGACGAGGCCGAGAGCAUCUUCGCGGGGGUGUCGCUCUUCCAGAUGGGCUACAUCUUGCUGGGCCUAGGCAUCCCGGGGCUGCGGCUGCUUCGCGAGGCCUCUUUCAAGCCGAUGGACGUCAUGUUCCUGGCGUUCUACGCGGGCUGGAACUUCUCCCAGCUCCUGUUUUACUGCUGGUUCGCGGACGAGUUGGCCGGGGCGGUGAGAAGUGCGAGCGUGAUUACUCCAGAGAAACGAUGCCCAAUUGGGGUUUCAAAAAACUCUUUUGUUCGCACGGCGGCACGGCGGCACGGCGGCAUGGCGGCACAGUCCGGGAGAGUGGGGGUGGCCGCGCUCGCCGCCAUGCGCCCCGCCGAGAUGGACGACGACGUCGACGACGAGCAUCCCGCAGCACGACGAGACCGACGAGACCCCGCCAUGGUGAACCUGAGCAAGGCGGCCGGCACCACGCUCAGGCUCAUCAUGAUGCGCGCGCAGCACCCGCUGUACCUCACCGCCGGCAACUUCGCCAACAUCACCCUGGAGCUGUACCUCACCAUAAUAAGGAAAUCCCAGUCCAUUUACUCGUACCUAAUUCGGAUGAGGUAGUCCAGGCCCCCGGCUCAUCCUCCCGGCCUCCAGAUAGUGGCUCCGCUCGGCC